AUGGAUCCGCAGGGCUUUCCCUCCAGGAAUGAAUUUAUGAGGGUGCUGACAAAGGACUCUGUGACAGUGAGUGUAGAUGGUGUAGUCUACUACCGUGUGCAAAACGCAACACUGGCAGUAGCCAACAUCACCAAUGCUGAUGCAGCCACUCGUCUGUUGGCACAGACCACCCUGAGGAACGUGUUGGGUACAAAGAACCUGGCAGAGAUCCUGUCUGACCGGGAGGAAAUCGCCCACAGUAUGCAGUCCACACUAGAUGAUGCCACAGAUGACUGGGGUAUUAAAGUAGAGCGUGUGGAGAUUAAGGAUGUCAAACUGCCCCUGCAGCUCCAGAGGGCCAUGGCGGCAGAGGCUGAAGCAACCAGAGAGGCCAGAGCUAAGGUGAUAGCCGCUGAGGGAGAAAUGAAUGCGUCACGGGCACUGAAGGAGGCAUCUCUGGUGAUCGCAGAGUCCCCCUCUGGUUUGCAGCUGCGCUACCUCCAGACCCUCAACACCAUCGCAGCGGAGAAGAACUCCACCAUAAUUUUCCCUCUGCCUAUUGACAUGAUGCAGUCCUUUGUGAAGCACUGAACUAAGAGCCACAUAAAGCUACCUACACACACACACACACACAUACAGAUGCAUCCAUGCAGAAAUGAACAGACUGAUGUUAUAUAACAUGCAC